CGCCCCCCUCUUCAGCUCCCCUUCUGCUUCUCCGUCACCAAGUGCUUAUAGCUUAUCCGGAAAAGGCAGGAAGGUGCCAUUUCAAAGGACACUGUACGCACUAGAAUGAUGAAAGUGAUUUAGAAGCAUUGCCUGAGCUCUCACCGGAGGUCCCAAGGAGCAAGAUUUUGAGGCUCUGAGACCGGCACCAGUGUCAGGUGUCCGCCAGAGAGGGGGCUGGGCUGGCUGCGCGCCAUCCCCAUUUCAUUAAGGUGGCUAGGAUCUGAAGGCUAGAGAGAGGUCUGCAGUGGGGGUCGGUCGGCCAUUUGGUUGCGCCCCUACUCCCCCCACCUCUAGAGCAGCUGCGUCUUUGCUGAGCUGGGCGGAGCCGCCUUCCAACCACCAGUGGCUGCGCUGGAUGUUGGAUCUCUUGCUGGAAUUCAUCUGCCGCUGGAUGCUGGGUUCCGCGACUGAAUUCAUCAGCAGCUAGAUUCUUCUCUGGCUGGAUGCUAGAUUCUGGAGCCCGUACUGGAAUUCAUCUGCCGGCACCUGUAAAUCUACACCAGCCCCGGGCGUUCCGUCAGCUGUUCUAUCCUGGUCUUCUUUGGCUGUAAGUACAGACCGCGAACGAUGGAGAAACUCCUCCAGCUGGUAGAAGGCAUGCAUAUAGAGGAGAUGUCUUCCCACCAGACGCUCCAGCCGGAGCCCCCCAGAGCUCAGAAGCGUCCCCUCUCACCACAGGCUGGCCUGAGCUCUCCCAAAAGGAAAGUUGUCCCUAGGUUGGAGGAGAAGGAGCCUGAGACUGUGCAAGGUAUAGAUGAGAGUAAGAAAGAGGAGAAAAAGAAAGAUAUUGCAGGCGCUGGAAUAGAGCGGGGAGCCUCACAAGCUCACUCUAUCAGAUGGCCGGUAGAAAGCAAAAAUAAAUAUGUGCACAUCAGUUUGGGUGACCAAGAUGAGAGCCCUGAGUUUUCUCAAACAGGAUUAGCUUUAACAGAGACCAAGCUUGCGGCAACUGAAAUGUUAUCAAAUACUGGGGAUGGUGCUACAAGUAGCUUGUCUACUCGGUGUUCGGAAACAAAAUCUGUUUCCGCAGAGAUCAUGCAUGAAUUAAGUGAUGACUUUUCAGAGAGUGAGGAUUCUGACACAGAGAGCUUGUCGUCUCAGUGUUCUGACAAAAGGCUUACUUUCAUAGACAUCAAGUCUAUGGCAACUGAAAUAUUAGGAGAAAGUGUGGAGACUGAUAAGAGGGCUGUUUCUACAAAAAGUGAGCUUGCCGGAAAGGGAAUGUUGUCAGAGAGCGUGGCUCCUGACACAGGUAGCUCGGAUUCUAAGUGUUCUGAUUCGAAAUUGGCUCCCCCCGAGGGAAAGGCUACGGCAAAGAGUGUAAUGCCAGACCAUGGGUCUCCUGAUACAAAUCUCUUGUCCUCUGAGCCUUCGGAAACUAGUACUAUUUCCCUAGAGGACAAGGCUGUGCCAACCAAAAUGUUAUCAGAAAAGGUAACCCCCACCACAAGUGGUUUGUCUUCCCAGCGUUCAGAAACUAGGCAUGAUUCCCCCGAGAGAAAGGCUGUAGUAUCUGAAGUGUCAGAGAGUGUGUCUGCAGCCCCCAGUGUGUCGUCUGAUGACGGCUCGGAAACUAGAUGUGUUUCCCCUGAGAGGAAGCCUCUAGUAACCGAAAUGUCACAGACAGUGUCUUCUGACCCUAGUGUUUCGUCUGAGUCUUGUGAAAGUAAAUGUACUUCCUUAGAAAGUCAAUCUGUGGCAACAGGAAAGUUAUCAGAGGCAGUGGCUCCUGACCCAAGUGCCUCAUCUGCUGAGGGUCUGAAGACUAAACGUCCUUCCCAUAAGAGCAAGCCUGUAGUAACUGGCGAGCUCACAGAGUCAAUAUCUCCAACCUCAAGUAUCUUGGGCUCAGAGGAAUCGGAGACUAGAAGUGUCUCCCCUGAGAGCAAACCCUUAGUAAGUGGAAGGCUCUCAGAGACAGUGUCUCCAGCCUCAAGCAUCUUGGCCUCUGAGGAUUCAGAGACAAGAGGUGCCUCCCCUGAGAGCAAGGCUAUAGUAGGCAAAAUGCUCUCAGAGACCUUGCCUAGAGCCCCAAAUGUUUUGACUCCUGAAUGUUCUGAGGCUAGAUGCACUUCCUCUGAGAGCAAGCCAGUAGUAGGUGAAUUGCUCUCAGAGAAAGUGUCUCUACCCCCAGUUGUCCUGUCUUCAAAAUGUUUGGAGACUGAGUGUGCACCGGCAGAAAGCAAACCUGUUGUUAGUAGAACGUGCUCGGGGACAGUGUCACCUGUCCCAAAAGUCUUGUCUACUGAAUGUUCUGAGGCUAGAUGCCUUUCCUCUGAGACCAAGCCAGUAGUAACUGGAAUGGUCUCAGAGACUAGGUCUCUAGCCCCAGAUGUCUCGUGUGGUGAAUGUUCGGAUUCCGUAGACAUCAAACCAGUAGUAGCUAGAAUUAUACCGGAAAGACUUUCACCACCCAUAAGCAUUUCAUCCACAGAAUAUUCUGAUGCUGGAUAUACUUCCCCAGAGAGGAAGCCAGUAGUAACUGGUGUGGCCCCUGGGAGACUAUCUCCACCUAUAAGCAUUUCAUCAACUGAAUAUUCGGAGGCAAGCUGUGCUUCCCCCGAGGAGAGCAAGCCCAUAGUAUCUGGCUUGUUCCCAGAAGUACUAUCUCCAGCUAUAAGUAUCUCCUCCGAGUUUUCGGAGGGUGCCUAUUUUUGCACAGAUAGAAAGCCCAUAGUAGCGGGCACGUUUUCAGAAAGACUGUCUCUGGACACUUGUGCCUCAGUCUCUGAAUGUUCAGAGACUAGCGGUACUUCCCCAGAGAGGAAGCCCAUAGUAGCAGAACGUGUAGCAGCAAGAAUGUCACCAGCUCCAAUUGUCUUGUCCUCUGAGUGUUCAGAGACAAGCUAUGCUUCCCCAGAAAGGAAGCCAUUAGUAGCUGGAAGGUACGUAGAAAGACUAUCACCGUCCACAAGUGCCUUAUACACGGAGUUUUCUGAGAGCAGCAGGUUUUUCUCAGAGACCAGACCUGCAGCAGCCGGAGAGUACUCAGGAAGGCUGUCUCCAGACACUGGUAGCUUUUCUUCAGAAAGUUCGGAGGCCAGCGGUGCUUCCCCGGAAAGGAAGCCUGUCAUAGGGAGAGUGUACCCAGGGAGAUUGUCACCGCCUAUCAGCAUCUCAUCCACAGAAUAUUCCGAUCCUGGAGGUGCUUCCCCUGAAAGGAAGCCUAUAGUAAGUGGGCUGUUCUCAAGGAGACUGUCUUCUCCCAUCAGCAUUUCAUCUACCGAAUAUUCUGAUAUGGGAGGUGCAUCUCCUGAAAGGAAGCCUGUCAUAAGUGAACUGUUGUCAGAAAGAGUUCGUCCAGUCCAAACUGUUUUGUCCAGUGUAUGUUCUGAUGAUAGAUGUAUCUCCCCUGAAACUAAACCCGUUGUAAGUGGAAUAUUUUCAGGGACCCUGUUUUCAGCUACCAGCAUCUUGGCCUCUGAGGGUUCAGAGUCUAGAUGCACUUCCCCUGAGAACAAGCCCACAGUAAGUGGAUUGUUCUCAGAGACAGGGUCUCUACCCCCGGAUGUGUUGUCUACUUCGUGUUUAGAUGCUAGAUGUGUGUCUCCUGGAAGUAAACCCGUAGAAGGUACCAUGUUUUCUGAAACCCUUUUUUCAGGGACAAGCAUCUUGGCCUCCGAGGGUUCAGAAUCUAGAAGUAUUUCUCCAGAGAACAAGCCCACAGUUAGUGGGAUGUUCUCAGAAACCCUCUUUUCAGGCCCAAGCAUCUUGGCCUCUGAGGGUUCAGGGACCAGGUGCACGUCCCCAGAGAACAAACCAGUAGUAACUGGGAUGUUCUCAGAGACCCUCUCCCCACCCCCAAACAUCUUCUCCUCCGAAAGCUUGGACACUCGCUGCAUUUCACCCGAGAACAAACCAGUUGUAACUGGGAUGUUCUCAGAGACAUUAUCACCACCUAUAAACAUCUUUUCUUCAGAGAGCUCGGACACUAGGUGCGUUUCUCCAGAGAGCAAGCCAGUAGUAACUGGCUUGCUCUCAGGGAGACUCUCACCACCCAUUAGCAUUUCAUCUACCGAAUAUUCUGACACUGAAUGUGCUUCCCCUGAGAGGAAGCCGGUAGUAGGUGAAAUGCUAUCAGAGAGACUCUCACCACCCAUUAGCAUUUCAUCCACCGAAUAUUCUGACACCGAAUGUGCUUCCCCAGAAAGGAAGCCCAUAGUGACUGGACUUUUUUCAGAAAGACUGCCUCCAACUUCAAGCAUUCUCCCCUCCUUGUGUUCCGAAAUAAAAUUUGCUUCAAUACAAAACAAGCCUUCAGUAUCUGGACUAUUUCCUGAAGGCUUGUCUCCAUCUACAAGUUUCUUUACCUCUCAAUAUUCUGAUACAAGAUGUACCUCUCCUGACAGCAAACCUGUAAUGGCCAGACUGUUUCCACAGGCCACGAGUCUCUUGCCUUCUCGGUAUUUUGAGACCUCAGAUGACUCUUCAGAAAGCAAGGCUGCAGAGACUGGAAGACUAUCUCCAUGCACAAGUCUCUUUUCUUCUCAGAGUUCUGAGACAAGAUUUUCUUCUACUGAGAGGCUGCCUCCUAUAUCUAGCCUGUUACCAGAGCUUGUGGAUCCUACCACAUUUAUCCUGGCUGCUCAGUGUCCUGGCUUAAGGUUUGCCUCAUCAGAGAACAAUCCUGAAGGAUCUGCACCAUCCCCAGAAGGGCUCUCCCCUGCGACAGGUUUUGUGUACCCUCCAUCUUCUGAGACAAGAGCUGCUUCAUCAGAGAACAAUCCUGAAGUCUCUGAAGUGUUCUCAGAAAGAUUGUCUCCGACAACAGGUAUUGUGUCCUCUCUAUGUUUUGAAAAAAUACUUGCUUCCACAGGGAGCAAGCCUGUAGUAUCCAGAAUGUUCUCAGAGAGUAUGUUUCCUGCCACAGGUUUCCUGUAUCCUCCAGAAAGUGAUCCUGCAGUAUCUGGCAUUUUCUCAGAAAGACUGUCUCCAGCAACAGGUAUUAUGUCCUCUCUAUGUUUUCUGACAAUAUUUGCUUCCACAGAGAGCAAGUCUAUAGUAUCCACAGUGUUCUCAGAAAGCGUCUCUCCCACCACAGGUAUUGUGUCUUCUCUAUGUUUUGUCAUAAUCUUGGCUUCCACAGAGAGUGAUCUUGCAAUAAUUGGAGUGUUCUCAGAGGGACUGUCUCCUUCCACAGGCAUCACAUUCCGUCCAUGUUCAGAGACAGGAGCUGCUUUGACAGACAGCAAUUCUGCAGGAACUGGAGUGUUUUCAGGGAGCCUGUCUCCUACAGGAGGUAUCACAUUCCCUCCAUGUUCAGAGACAGAAGCUGCUUUGACAGACAGCAAUUCUGCAGGAACUGGAGUGUUUUCAGGGAGCCUGUCUCCUACAGCAGAGUGUUUGUCUCCUUCCACAGGUAUCACAUUCCCUCCAUGUUCAGAGACAGGAGCUGCUUUGACAGACAGCAAUCCUGUAGGAACUGGAGUAGUGUCAGAAAAACCAUCUCCUACAGCAGGUAUCACAUUCCCUCCAUGUUCAGAGAAAGGAGCUGCUUUGACAGACAGCAAUUCUGCAGGAACUGGAGUGUUUUCAGGGAGCCUGUCUCCUACAGCAGAGUGUGUGUCUCCUUCCACAGGUAUCACAUUCCCUCCAUGUUCAGAGACAGGAGCUGCUUUGACAGACAGCGGUCCUGUAGGAACUGGAGUAGUGUCAGAAAAACCAUCUCCUACAGCGGGUAUCUCAUUCCCUCCAUGUUUGGAGACAGGUGCUGAUUCAACAGGAAGUGAUACCACAGGAAUUGGAAUGCUGUCAAAGAGUCUAUCUCCUACAGCAGAGAGUGUGUCUCCUUCCACAGAUAUCUCAUUCCCUCCAUGUUUGGAGACAGGUGCUGAUUUAACAGGAAGUGAUACCACAGGAAUUGGAAUGCUGUCAAAGAGUCUAUCUCCUACAGCAGAUAUCUCAUUCCCUCCAUGUUUGGAGACAGGUGCUGAUUUAACAGGAAGUGAUACCACAGGAAUUAGAAUGCUGUCAAAGAGUCUAUCUCCUACAGCAGAUAUCUCAUUCCCUCCAUGUUUGGAGACAGGUGCUGAUUUAACAGGAAGUGAUACCACAGGAAUUGGAAUGCUGUCAAAGAGUCUAUCUCCUACAGCGGGUAUCUCAUUCCCUCCAUGUUUGGAGACAGGUGCUGAUUUAACAGGAAGUGAUACCACAGGAAUUGGAAUGCUGUCAAAGAGUCUAUCUCCUACAGCAGAUAUCUCAUUCCCUCCAUGUUUGGAGACAGGUGCUGAUUCAACAGGAAGUGAUACCACAGGAAUUGGAAUGCUGUCAAAGAGUCUAUCUCCUACAGCAGAUAUCUCAUUCCCUCCAUGUUUGGAGACAGGUGCUGAUUCAACAGGAAGUGAUACCACAGGAAUUGGAAUGCUGUCAAAGAGUCUAUCUCCUACAGCAGAUAUCUCAUUCCCUCCAUGUUUGGAGACAGGUGCUGAUUUAACAGGAAGUGAUACCACAGGAAUUGGAAUGCUGUCAAAGAGUCUAUCUCCUACAGCAGAUAUCUCAUUCCCUCCAUGUUUGGAGACAGGUGCUGAUUCAACAGGAAGUGAUACCACAGGAAUUGGAAUGCUGUCAAAGAGUCUAUCUCCUACAGCAGAUAUCUCAUUCCCUCCAUGUUUGGAGACAGGUGCUGAUUUAGCAGGAAGUGAUACCACAGGAAUUGGAAUGCUUUCAGAGAGACUGUCUCCUAUAGCAGAUAUCUCAUUCCCUCCAUGUUUGGAGACAGGUGCUGAUUUAGCAGGAAGUGAUACCACAGGAAUUGGAAUGCUGUCAGACAGACUAUCUCCUACAGCAGAUAUCUCAUUCCCUCCAUGUUUGGAGACAGGUGCUGAUUUAACAGGAAGUGAUACCACAGGAAUUGGAAUGCUUUCAGAGAGACUGUCUCCUACAGCAGAUGAAGCAGCAAUGCGGACAGCGCUACCUGACGAUAAUUAAAAGGUUGGAGGAGACACCAGAGAGGUUCAGUGAUGGAUGGGAGUCGACGGCAGACACUAUUGUAGCCACUACAGCCAAGCCAGGUGAGGUGCCACUGCAGCUCUGAGAAGCAGCCUACUGUAUCCAACACAGCAGUGAACCGACCUGGCAGCAAGCAAGAAAGCAACACCACCGACUGGCUGUAUUUGGAAGUAGACUCUUGGGAUAAAUGUUUGGUAGCACUGGCUUUAGGGCUGAGCCUACUUUCUGGGGACCAAUGUGGUAGAGGGUAGAGUGUGGCCCCCAAUUCAGAGGGAUGUUUCCACUUUAUUUUACGCUAGAUCUUUUCGGUAUCUAUCCCUUUGUAAAAACUAAUUUAUAUUAAUUGGUUGAUAAUAAGCAGAAAUCAACUGGCCAGAUUGAUAGUGGGGCUCUAAUUGAUGGUAUCAGUCUAUUGAGGAGACAUGGGGACAGCUGGGUGGAACAGCACAUCUAGCACUAGGUUUGGAAACAGGAAAAUCUCAGAUACUUACUGGCUAUGUGACCCUGGGCAAGUCACUUAAGCUCUCUUUGCCUCAGUUCCUCAUCUGUAAAAUGAGAACACACUGGAGGAGGAAAUAUUCCAGCACAAAACCCCAUGGGUCCAUGGGGGUCACAGAGAGACACAAAUAAACAACCAAACGACAACACUGAGGAGGCAUUAACUUGCACUUUUUAGAGGAUAUCAAAUAAAUAACUGGUCAAUUUAUGUUGGGGGAAGCACAUCAGAGUAGGGGCUUCAGUAGAUACAUUCCAAGAAUUCUACUGCCCCUUCAGAGUCCCCUGUGAAUCCUCAGGGGGGAAAUAAAGGAAGUCAUUCUCUUGGAACUCAAUCUUCUAGCACUGAUGUCAUUUGGGAAGUAAGUCCAGAGUCUGACCACACGUAACAUACUAAAACCCCCUACAUAAAUAUAAAGGAGUCUGGCGGGGUGGAGAGAGUUAACAAAUUGGGAAUAAGGACAAUCCUCAUGUUUAGAGGUAUCCUGAGCCGAGCCUUGGCAGGAGCUGAGGACUCAAAAAGACAAAUGGGGAGGAAAUGCAUUCUAAACGCUCGUAAUGAUCUAUGCAGAGGCUUGGAGAAGAAAUGGGGAAAAUUGUGAGCAGCACAGUCAAAAAGGCAUAAAACAGAGCAAUAGGAGUCAGAAAACAAACUGCUCUGUUUAAUUGUACAGAAGACAAACCAGUUCAUUAGCUAUGUCUUUUAGUUUCUAAUUGUCUGAAACAAAUACUAAUGGCUGGUUUGUAAUUUUUUUAAAAAGGCCCUAUGCCUAAUAAUGAGACAGUGCUGGGUAUGGUCUAGGGAAAACCUAAAUUCUGAUCCGUUGUAGCUGUGUGACCUUUCACAUGUAAGCUACAUCUUUCUGCAACUCAAGCAACUUGAAAUCAUAAAGAGGCUAUGAUCUGUGUUGGGGGAAGGAGAGUGCUACAUCAUGAUUUCCCUGAAUUGAUGAAAUCACAUGCUCCUUUGUACAUUCAUUUAAUAACAAAAACAUAUGUUCAAAUGGAAAGCAAUUUGGUGCCAUUAAAAAUACCAGCUCUUUUCUUUGCACCUGGGAAAGAAAUUUGCAUUUUUCCCAAAGCAGUUUGGAGAAAUUGUGUAAAGCUCACGUGAACUAGUAAAAGUACAAAGUGACUCCUGAAAUGCUUCAAAAUGCCACAUCACUGUGUAAUUUUUCAUUUAAUUUGUAUGUAUGGAUUUGUUCUAAAAUGUUUUAACAGAGAAAAUUGUCUACAUUGUGUGUUUUAAAUGUCCU